UCGCCGUUUAAAGAAAGGUUUUAAAUGCUUGCUCUGCCACUUUACUCUUUAGUUCUUCCCUCUCGCCUACUGCUGCCACUGCUGCUUCUGCUACUACCCAUUACCCUCUCCCAUAGCCACAUCUGCACUAUUAUCCUUCUUCUUAUUCCUCUCUCUGAUUCCAUCAUUAAUGCUUCCUAGGGUUUCCAGUUUCUAAAUUCUCUCUCGCUUCUUUUCUGGCGAUUCCCCCGCCCUGAUUCCUUCCCACGAUCUCUGGAUUCAACAUGUUUGCAGUUUUUUAUUUGAGAAAGUAAAGGGAAAGGGAAACUAAUUGGUGGGUGUUGUAGGUAUUCUCUUCUUUCACAUUAAUGUGAGUUUCUGUUGGAGAUCAAGGAGUUCUGUAGUAUCAGUGAGUAUUUCCACUUUUUUUUUUUUUUUGACGUUUGAGGAUUUUAUUUUUCAAAUGCGAAGGAGAAGAAAAAGAAACUGAAACAAACAGUUGAAAGAGGGAAGUGGGUUUCCUGUGGAUUUUGUUUGUUUUCUUCCUUUGUUCCACAACAGUGAACUCAUAGUCUUUUCGAAUAUAUCUCUCUCGGGGUUGUUGGGCCUGCUAGAAUUUUGAUCUUCAAUCAUUUGUAACUCUUUUUUCAAUCCUUUUCUAAAAAUCUCUGUUUCGUGUCAUCUUCUUGCCGGUCUGCUACUGCAGCAGCUUCGGCGCUCCACGAUCUUCAGCUUUUGGCAUUUGUUUGUACGGACACAAACUUUCUGCUCUCUCCCUCUCAUUUAUCCCGGAAAUUAAAAAGUACAAAAAUAAAAAUACAGUUCUCUUCUCUACCUCUUUUAGUUGUAACCUCUGUAUCAGUUUGCGUGUGAAGGUUCCUUUUUCUUGGUUGCGAUUCUUUUGAUACAACAAGCGUUUGUUGCCAUCAUGGGUUGUCCAAGCAGCUUUGCUUUUUUAUGCCAUGGCUAUGGUAUUUUUCCUCCAAGUGCUAUAUCUGCUUAUUUGAAUUCUUUCAUGGAGGCCUUGCAUUUUUGAUUGGAAAAUUUUGAAAUUGAAAUUCAAAAUGCUAUUCGACAUCUGCUUUUUUCUUCUUUCAGUUCCUGUUUUUGUACAGUCUUUGGACCCAACAUUCAACGAUGAUGUUCUUGGGUUGAUAGUCUUCAAGGCCGGUCUUCAAGACCCAGAGUCUAAACUCGCGUCAUGGAAUGAAGAUGAUGAGAAUCCCUGCAACUGGGUCGGUGUCAAGUGCGACCCUAAAACCCAGCGGGUUACCGAACUGGUUCUCGAUGGCUUCUCUCUUUCUGGGCACAUUGGCCGCGGCCUUCUACGCCUGCAGUUUCUUCAGAUUCUGUCACUAUCAAACAACAACUUCACUGGCACCAUAAACCCUGAUCUUGCUCAGCUUGGGGUUUUACAAGUUGUCGACUUGAGUCAGAACAAUCUCUCAGGGUUGAUCCCUGAUGGAUUUUUUAAGCAAUGUGGAUCCUUGAGAUCGGUUUCAUUUGCUAAGAAUAACCUCACCGGGCAGAUUCCUGAAUCUUUGAGCUGGUGCACGUCAUUGGCAGCAGUUAAUUUCUCAUCUAACCAGCUUUCUGGGGAGUUACCAUCUGGAUUAUUUUUUUUGAGGGGGCUUCAAUCCCUUGAUUUAUCUGAUAAUUUGCUUGAGGGAGAGAUUCCCGAAGGGAUCUCAAAUUUGGCUUAUUUGACAACCAUUAAUUUGCAGAAGAACAGAUUCUCUGGGAAGCUUCCAGUGGAUAUUGGAGGUUGUUUGCUUUUGAAAGUGCUGGAUUUUAGUGAGAAUUCUCUGUCUGACCUCCUUCCAGAGUCAUUGCGGAGGCUUAGGUCGUGCACUUCUCUUAGAUUGCGAGGAAAUUCAUUUGCAGGAGAAGUUCCUGGUUGGAUUGGCGAAUUAACAAAUCUCGAUAUUUUGGAUCUUUCUGCCAAUGAAUUUAUGGGUCGGAUUCCAACUUCAAUAGGAAAUCUUAAUAUAUUGAAGGAAUUAAAUCUGUCCAGGAACCAUCUUACAGGAGGGUUGCCACAGCCGGUGACAAAUUGUCUUAACCUUUUGGUUAUCGAUGUUAGCCAGAAUCGAUUGACAGGAAUUCUUCCUCCGUGGAUUUUGAAGAUGGGCCUUAAAAGUGUAUCACUUUCUGGGAAUGGACACAGUAAGGGUGUGCAAUAUCCUUCAGUGGCCUCUUUGGCGAGCUCUCUUCAAGGUCUUAAGGUCUUGGACUUAUCUUCAAAUGUCUUAUCUGGUGAAAUUCCAUCCGAUGUUGGGGUAGUUAGCAGUUUGCUGGUCUUGAAUAUAUCCAGAAACCGACUCUUUGGUUCUAUCCCAUCAAGCAUAAGAGAAUUGAAGAUGAUCCAAGUUCUUGAUUUGAGUCAUAAUAAGCUAAAGGGAAGAAUUCCUUCUGAAAUUGGAGGAGCAGUUUCACUUGUUGAACUGAGGUUGGAAAAGAACUGCCUAACUGGGAAUAUUCCAACUCAAAUAAAGAACUGCUCAUCUCUAAAAUCUUUAAUUCUAUCGCAGAACAACCUCACCGGUCCGGUUCCUGCAGCCAUUGCAAACAUAAGCAACCUCCAAUAUGUGGACUUAUCUUUCAACCACCUCUCUGGAAGCUUGCCAAAGGAGCUGACAAAUCUUUCCUACCUUGUAUCCUUCAAUGUUUCCCAUAACAACCUGCAAGGUGAGCUGCCAGUUGGGGGUUUCUUCAACACCAUUUCCCCUUCAGCUGUCUCUGGUAAUCCAUCUCUAUGUGGUUCUGUUGUUAAUCGUUCCUGUCCUUCUGUCCAUCCAAAGCCCAUUGUUCUGAACCCCAACUCUUCUGCCUCCUCCAAUGGCUCUUCUUUAAAUCACAAUCAUCGGAAAAUCGCACUCAGCAUCUCUUCUCUCAUUGCUAUUGGUGCAGCCGCUUUUAUUGCCCUUGGCGUGGUAGCUGUGUCUCUCCUCAACAUCCAUGUACGAUCUUCCAUGACACCAACACCUGUUUCACUUGCUUUAUCCGGUGGGGAAGAUUUCAGUUGUUCCCCAACUACUGAUCCAAACUAUGGCAAACUUGUAAUGUUUUCUGGGGACACGGAUUUUGUUGCUGGUGCCCAUGCAUUACUCAACAAAGACUGUGAACUUGGUCGGGGUGGGUUUGGGGUUGUUUAUCGAACGAUACUUCGAGAUGGGCGUUCAGUUGCCAUAAAGAAGCUAACAGUUUCAAGUUUGAUCAAGUCCCAAGAUGAAUUUGAGAGGGAAGUGAAGAGACUUGGGAAGAUCAAGCACCAUAAUCUUGUGGCACUGGAAGGUUAUUACUGGACUUCAUCCUUGCAGCUCCUUAUUUAUGAAUACAUAUCCAGUGGGAGUUUGUAUAAGCAUCUUCAUGAUGGACCCAGCUCAAACUGCCUGUCCUGGCGGCAGAGGUUCAACAUAAUUCUGGGGAUGGCAAAAGGUUUGGCCCAUUUGCAUCAUAUGAACAUAACUCACUACAAUCUUAAAUCAACCAACAUUCUGAUAGAUGAUACUGGUGAGCCAAAGGUUGGAGACUUUGGCCUGGCAAGGCUGUUGCCAACAUUAGACCGUUGUAUCCUAAGCAGCAAAAUCCAAAGUGCAUUAGGCUACAUGGCUCCUGAAUUUGCUUGUCGAACUGUGAAGAUAACUGAGAAAUGUGAUGUUUAUGGGUUUGGUAUCUUAGUUUUGGAGGUGGUGACAGGUAAGAGACCAGUGGAAUACAUGGAGGAUGAUGUGGUGGUGCUAUGUGACAUGGUGAGGGGAGCUCUAGAGGAUGGCAGGAUGGAGGAUUGUGUUGAUGGAAGGCUUGGAGGAAAAUUUCCAGCAGAUGAGGCAAUUCCAGUAAUAAAACUUGGUUUAAUAUGUGCAUCUCAAGUGCCAUCAAAUAGGCCAGACAUGGAGGAAGUGGUCAAUAUUUUAGAGCUGAUCCAAUGUCCUGCAGGGGACCAAGAGGAGUUGGAAUGAGUAAAGAUACAAAAGUGUUUGUGCUCUCCGGCGAAGUAGAAUCCGGUUUUGUUUGUUCAAAGAAGAAAAAAAAUAUAUUGUUGAAUUUACUUUUUUUAUUCAUUUUUUUCCUCAAAUGCUUAUUUGUUGUCAUUGUAAGGGUGUUUCUCUUAUUCUGCUUUUAUCACAGUUUCCGGAUUCUUUUUCACCGGUUGGAUAUGGAGCACUUGAAAUAUCGUAUCAAUGAUAUAUAUAUAUAUAUACUGGACUGAAUCUGUCUUUGUUUUA